AGAUGCUACAUCAAAUGUGGUGAGCAAUUUGUCCAAAAACCUCCCAAGUUUCCUGGGUCACAAUUGAAUAUCACAACGACAACGCUUCAAAUCGUAAUUUAGGGAUAGGGAUUUACAUAUACAAUUGAAACUUUGCCUCUCUCUCUCUCUCUGUCGAUGGAACGAACUAGAAGUGGGAAGAGAAGCUUCAAUUCACAUUCACACAGCUACCCUAACCUCCCAAAUAUUAAACUUUUCUGUUGAUGUAAAAACUAGUAAUUUGCAAGGUGGUGAUUAGGUUAAUAGCCCUUUUAGUUUAUAAAUGUUGAGUACCUCUUCCUCUUCUUCUUCUUACUCUGUCUUCACCCGCUCCUUCCUUCCAAUUAGGGGUUUUCCCCGACCCGCCACUCUUCGUCCUUUUCCUCGGAUCUUGGAAUCUCAUGCCAAGUCUCCCAAGAACAGAUUGAGUAUUCUGUGCUUUAGGCACGAGCAUCAUUCUCCAGAAACACCAAAACCUGAAGUCAUAAACCACUAUCUUCAUGAGGAAUUGGUGCAAUCUGAGUUCAGUGAGUCCGGUGUCACCAAAAGAGAUUGGAAAUCAAUCCUUCACAAGGCUGCAAAUGAAGCUUUCAAGGUAUUUGGUAAUCGAUGGGUUGUGCCAUGGACUGCAAUGACUAUAUUACAAGUUAUGCUUCUUUGGACGACAGCAUUUUGGUUUAUAGGAUCUUGGAUGAUUCCUUUUGCAGCCCAUAUAACUGGCUUUAGCAAGGAAUCUUUGACAUUUAGAGGACAGGCACUAUUCAGCCUUAUUACUGAUGUAACUGAAGGACUUGCUGGAAUUGCAAUUCUUCUUCGUUGUCUUUCUCGAUUUCGCCCCCUUCCCCCUGACUGGUUCAAGUUUAGCCUGAAAGGGAAUUGGCACUUCGAUGUCAUCAUGGGAUGUCUCAUGUUUCCUCUUGUCAAUCGGCUCUCACAGUUCAACCUGGACCUACUACCCCUUUUGCCCUCUACACCUGUCACCCUUUCAAGUGUUGAACAAUCUAUAAGGGCAAGGGAUCCCGUGGCAAUGUUAUUAUAUGCAAUAGUAGUAUCAGUCUGUGCUCCUGUGUGGGAGGAGAUAGUUUUCCGUGGUUUCCUACUGCCCUCCCUUACCAAAUACAUGCCAGUGUGGUGUGCAAUACUGGUAAGUUCAAUUGCCUUUGCGCUUGCACAUUUUAAUAUACAGAGGAUGCUACCCCUUAUAUUCCUUGGGAUGGUGAUGGGUAUCAUAUUUACACGGUCAAGGAACUUACUGCCAUCAAUGCUGUUGCAUAGUCUUUGGAAUGGCUUCGUCUUCUUAGACUUGAUGAAAUAGUUUUUGAAAGUAGUGAUUCUCCCUCAAUGAAGCGGGGAGCCCAUUAUGUAGGUAGCAAUGCAGGCACUACCAUGUGGGCUUAUACUUUGGAUCAGCAUCUUCAGAAGUAAAUGCAUCCUGGAACAGUACCUCGUAUGUUAAGGUACACUGAUCAAGUGCAUGUGCAAGGAGUAACAUGAGCAGAUGGGCUCUUACAACUGUAUAUUAUAAAAACCAGUGUCCUACUUUGUCCAUAUUUGUGAUGAAUACGAGGUAUUAUUUGACAGGUACAAUUAAAACGAUCCAUUUUGAGUUUUC